AACAGAAGGAACUCAAUUGAACCAUACGAGUUAGCAGCGAGUAACGAUACCACGAAUAGAUAUGUUUCGUUAUACUGCGCCAGUUUCACGAGGAAAUACAAUCGUUGAUGGUGGUUAGCCUGAAAGGUGUAUCAUUUUUUACUUUUAGAGGAUGACAAAGUGGCCUAGUGGUGCGCAAGUCUCUUUUAGGUUUGAAUUUGUGUAAAUUUUGUCUGUAAAAUUUGUUUGUAAUUGUUGUCUACAACAACACUGUUGUAAUGUCAUGACGUAACAAAGAAGUGUCAGCUCACGUAUUUUAGUAUUUGAAGCAUAGUAUUAAGUUUCAUCUUGACGUCCAAAAUACGCCACUAGUAACGUUCAAAUAUGCCAAAAAUAAGACAAGUUUCCGGUGUUAGCGGCCUAGGUGAAACUGCUGACCCUAUGGAAUUUGACCCGGAGUUCUUCGGCUUUGAAAUCGUCGACGAUAUCCCGAUAUUGCACUGUCCUGCCGUGGGAGGUGACGUCGAAAAGGGUACUAGUCCAAAGAAAAAACAACAACUUUCACGCAGACGGAUAGUCCAACAAUUUUCGGCAGUUAUAUCUAGGGCAAAUUUAACGUCAAACGGAAUCAGUCAAUCUGGUCUGGUACGAUGGGCAGCACCUGCAAAGAAGUGGGCUGUCGCGACCAAGAAGUUUACCUGCGGAUUCGCAGGCUGCGGUAAAGUUUUUGCUCGGAAGCAGAGUUUACACGAACAUUUGGGUGUUCACUCGGACGAACGACCAUAUAAAUGCAAGAGCUGUGGAAAGACUUUCAAGCGGGCUUCGCACCUUAUCGCUCACAGACGUCUGCAUACGACGGUCAAGCCAUUUCUCUACCAAGUUAACGGGACCGCAUUUGCUCACUCUCGUAUUAUAAAGCAUGCCACCAACGAAUGUCGCCCCUUCAAGUGUCCACACUGUCUAUUUGAAGCGGCUAGACAGGAUGCCGUUGACGCACGCGUCCGUGAAGCCCAUGUAUCUCCUGCUGUAGAUAAUUCAAAUUGUUGUUCUCCGUUGGACUGCUCGAUAUGCAUUUACCGCGAGGUAAUCAAACAAGAUAUUGAUGAGCAUAUGAGUCGUUCGCAUGUUCAUCUACGAAAGUUUAGCUGUCCCUAUUGCGAGUAUAGGGCUCACACAAAAAGCCGUCUAGACACGCACUUGUUAUUACACACAGGUGAGAAACCUCAUUCGUGCAGCGUGUGCCGUCGACGAUUUCGGCAAAAACGUCAAAUGGAGACUCAUUAUGCACGACAACAUCAGGAUCGUGCGAGGACAGCAGACAAUAAGAGGAAGAUAGUCGCAAAGGGCUGGGAAAUUCACCAAGAGUUGGAUAUCGGCCCCGAUGAUAUGGAGAUAGAAUAUGCGUUCGACGAACAUGUGGAACCGAACGAAGUAAUAUCUACUUCUGAAUAAUUGAGACUUUGUGGUUGCAGUAAGUUUUGUUUAUCACUACUAUAAUUAAACUGAGUGAUUUAUCGUUAAGAAAUAUCGCGGCAUUGUUCUCUCCGGGCUACACAGAUGAGCAUGGAAAAGGAAUCGCGUCCCUGUGCAUGGUUUCUAUUUGUAUUAACUGUAUUUUACCAGUUGCAUAAGCAUAUUUUAACGAAAACGCCAGUUCCAAUAUGUGCAAUUAUUGGUUGAAUGACAACGACGGCAAAACGUAAUGAACAACAAUUAACACAUGUGACUACUAAGUAACCCGUUUGUUUCUAAUUUUCAUAAUUUGGUUAAUUCUAACUGGUAGAAGCGUACCCUGGUACUUUCGAGACAGCCAAUGGCCGAUCAUCCACAUUUACCCUUUCAUUGUUACUGUUAUGUUAUAUAGAUGAUAUAUAUCGAAAUAAACGGCACGUAAACUUUGGACGCACCCAUAACGAAAUCGUCACGAGAAAAUCAAUUAUGAAGACCUUUGUGAUAGCGCGAUUAGAUUAGAGCAAGUAAGUUAAAUAGAGAAACCCAUAGCAAACUCGGAUGUACGAAUCAAUAAUUAAACAGAUGUUAAGUCAUUAAGAACGUCUUGUAAGCCUGCCCGAUACGCAACAAUAUGUUGUCAGGUUUCACUUUGCUUUUAUGGCCUUAUUACUGGUGGUAUUAAUCACGAUCAAAAACCUUAGUGGUAUAUCUAUAACAGCGGUAGUUAUACUGAGCACAACUAAAUAAAAAUCUUGCCGAAUUGAUAAAUGCCGUAUGUAUUUCGGCAUGACUUGAAGAUUUGCAGUAACACACGACAAACGAAAAAAGUCACAGGAUAGUUACAAUUUUUUUGUUUACGUGUUUAGCAGAGGUGAUAUGUGUGGCUAGAAGUUUUAGUUAGACCAUUGU